UUGCUGCAAGGUGUGGUAAGAGCUUCUGCAGGCUCUCUAAUAAGCGCUGGAUCCGCACUAGGGAACUCAGUCAGACCCACUGCAGGAGCCAAAAGACAGUUCGUGGGAUCAAGACAGUCUCCCGGGCUGUUCAGUUGUUGCGCGAUUGCAUCAAUAGGCUCGGCGCGACAGCCACAGCCAGGAUCGCUUGAGUUGUCCGAGCGUUACUAUAGCCGCUCUUGGCGUCUCCACCGAUUCCAGCGUCAUGUUCACCGUCCGCACCACAGUUACUCCUAUCAUGAACUUCAUGCCAUGAGCACCGAUAACAUUCCACAUAAAACUGCAUCCGCGAGUAAGCUCCUCUUACGUGCUGUAAGAACGCCUCCAGAGAGCCCGACGCUUUCUGCACCCGGAGACGCCGACACGUCGUUGCCGAUCUCCCCGCCAGCUACGGUCCUUGCCGACUCCUCACCUCGACCCUUACCGCACCUCAUUCGUCGCUUAUACCAUCGCAUACAACAGCGUUACCAAGGGGAGUUGUUGAAAAAUACGUGGGAGAGUGUUCGAAUAUCACCAAGGGGGUAUCAGGUGCUGCAGAAUGAGUUGGAGAAAGACGCCCACGUUGGAGCCUGGGUCGCAGACAAGCUCAGAUACGACUACGACUCAGUCGAGGGCGAACUUGUUCUCCGCAUGCCUUCGCCGUUGCAUGACAUCUUUGCCAUCAGGCUACAAGAGGUGAUUGCCCGGGAACUUGAAAAUUUCGCGGUGCAGGAAGGGACACGCCCAGUAAUAAAGCGUAUCAAGAUGGCGACCACAUCGGACAUUCGAUUUAGUGAUGCUUCGAUAGAGGGGAAAAAGUCCCCGGACGGAUCGUUCCGCUUCACGGGCACCAAGUAUCCGCCUCUGGUAAUCGAAGUUGCCAACUCACAGAAACGUCGCGACCUGCCGCGCCUCGCCGAAUCAUAUAUCGAGCGCACCAAGGGCCGCAUCAAGACUGUGGUGGCUAUAGAUUUGGAAUACCGAGAUCCAGGUAAGCGUGCUACUCACUCGUUGCCGCCUCGCACGGCGGUCUAUUCUAUAUAUCGUCAUAGGCUGGUUCGCGAUGAACAAACAGGGGAUUGGCAAAGGGAGGCACAUGCAGAGAUUGAGGAGCAGCCAUUUUCAAUAGAAGAUUCAGGUACAUCUGAGGGGUCCAUGUGCCUCUUACUUUCAGACUUUUGCCCGGACGAUACCAUAAGCGCAACCAACGAUCGGGCGAUCGCGAUUUCCCAUGCAGAACUGGCGCGCCUUUUGGCAGAGGCAGAAGAGGAGGAAAAGACUGCAGAAGCACCUUCUAGCCCUAUUUCUUCGGAAAAGAACAUUCCGUUCUUGUCCAAGAGGAAGCGUACACCAACGCCAAAACUUGUGUCGGAAGAUGAAGAGGCAUUUGAAUAA